AUGGAAAUUGGUUCAGCCACCCAAGAAAAGACCGGGUCGACCACCCGUGGGUGUGGCUGGCUCAAGGCCUUGCCCUGGAAUAUUAAGAAGGCCAAGGUGAUUGAGAUUGUGAACAAAACAAAGAAGCUCGGAAAAGAUGAUCCAAGAAGAAUCAUACACUCACUGAAGGUUGGACUAGCUCUCACAUUGGUCUCCUUAUUCUACUAUUUCAGGCCUCUAUAUGAUGGUUUUGGGCAAUCAGGAAUGUGGGCAGUCUUAACUGUUGUGGUUGUUUUCGAAUUCUCAGUUGGUGCAACCUUGUGCAAAAGUCUAAAUAGAGGUUUCGCCACAUUACUAGCCGGUGCUCUAGGGAUUGGAACUGAGUACUUUGCAACCCUUUUUGGGAAGCAAGGAGAACCCAUUGUUCUUGGGCUUUUGGUUUUCCUUCUAGGUAUGAUUCAAUAUAAAUUAUAUCUUGAAAAUAUAGAGGAAAAUAAUGAGAAACUUAUACAAGCUUGA